GGUUUUAUUUUUAUCGUUUGUUUACAUGUUCUCUAGCCGACAACAGACUGAAAUAUUGAAAAGUUUACUUUCUUAUGACUUUCUAAGGGAUUUUACUAAACUGAUAUACAUGGCGGCCAGACAGUAUCACCUGAAGUUUAGUGGAUCAGCUGCUGCUUCUGUUGAUGCGUAUGCUGAGUAUAAAAGGAUUGUGGGGGAUGAUGAUGGUGGAGUCCUGUUUACUCCUGAGCAGUACGAGGCGUACAAAAAGAGAGUCAUUCCAAUGAGAAUGAAGAACAGAAUUUUCACGUGCUGGAUAAAUCCGGAAGGAAUGGACUGCAAGCUAGUGGGACCGGAAACACUCUGCUUUUGUAAUCAUAGAUAUCGACAACAUAAGACAGACUUUGAUGUUCUUCCCCAGGAUCGCCCAAUUCUCUUACCCUGUAAGGUCAAAGGUUGUGGCUGCUACUCCUAUGAAUAUGUACCGCUAAAUGGGAGCCAGUCUAUCAGAUGUACUUGUAAACACUUCACAGAGGACCACACAGCCAAGGCUCCACACAAGUGUAAAAAUGGUUCAUGUGGCUGUACAAGGUUUCACAGUUCUUUCACCUGUGGCUGUGGGAAUCCAUACUCUAAUCAUGAGAUGUUGAUAGAGACCAAGGAUGAGAGACUGGCCCGUGGUCACCCAGUGGGCCAGGAUGUACCCUAUCAAGCCAUGGGGGGCGUCACCGGAUUCUCUUCCCUUAUGGAAGGUUACAUGAGAUUGGAUCCAAGUGGAAUAGGCGCACCCUCUAAGGAGUUCCUGGAACAGCCAAUCACAGCAUCUGACCACCCAUUCCUGAGAGCCAAUGUCCAAUCUAUCAAAGCCCACAAGAUGAACCAGAGAGCUCUCAAAGGUCAGCCAUCCAGCAAUGAGGUGGAUGAGGACUUGGCAGAGAGAAUGUCUGCCAUGAGGAGGCCUGGGGAAACAGACAUGGACUACUUUGAAAGGAGAUACCAAGAAAGGCAAAGAGCAGAGAGGGAGCAAAGCAGAGCAAGAGUUCAGGCAGCAAGGACAAAGGCAAUCGGAAAACGUAAUCCACCAUCAAAACCCGCCAAAUGAUUGACAGGCUAAUUGUCAAACUAUCACAGCAGCAACGCUUGUUGUGCAAUUCCUUUGUAAGAAAGCGUAACUGUGAUAUUUUGAAAUCCUUCACUAUUGUAUCAUGUCUUGUCAUUAUCUGAUUCAUGUUGUUGCCAUGCAUCAUGCUCUUUCAUCUAAAAAGGACCAAAACGACAUGAAUAAUAGUCAAAUUUUUGGGAUGAUAUUGACCUGUCACUUCUUCAGAAUGAUGGAAUAUUUAGAAAUGAAAAAUAAAUAGAUAAAAAAUGCAAACUAGCACUAAAACUAAACUAUAAAGGCUGAGACAAAGACAGAAUGUCUACAUAUUAAUAUCAACAAGUGCUACAUGAAACAAUAAAAAAUUGUAUAUUCUCAAUGAUAGUCUAGACAGAACUGUACUAAUCAACAGUUCAUAUAUUGUUCAUGUUUUGGGUCAUUUUUAAUUGCUUUAUAUAUCCUUAUUUAUUUGACCGGGUAUCUACAUGUUCAGAUCCAACACUUUAGAUUUGGGUGUUGUUGGUUUUCCAUGCACUCUAUAUAUAGUCAAACCUCGUUAUCUCAAUCUUGAUUGGAUCAAGAAAAAAUUCAAGAUAUCCAAAUAUUCGAGUUAUUGGGGACUUAUAAAUCACUUAGAAAUAUUCAUGGUAUGUAAGAUGUCAAUGUUCGAGAUAGCGAAGUUUAACUGUAUGCAUUUUUUAUAGAAUCAAUAUCAGUACGUGAAGGAUUAUGAUGAACUGUUACACUAUGUAAUCCUUUUUAAUAAGUGUCCUGAUCGAUGAUGAACACAAUUGUUCCUCUUAGAUGUAAUUGCCCUAUAGUACAAAGUGUGUGUUAUCAGCAUUGUCAGAAAAUGCCUCUACAUUUUGAAUAUGAACACUGUGUUUUACAAUAGCUAGGUUACACUAUAAACCAGUUUUGUGUUAGCAAACUUAGCAUUUGGUUUUAGCACAGAGAAUAUAAUGAUGUUACUUGUCAUGAGAUAUUUAUUUUUCAUCAAUUUGAUAUUCAUUGAUUCCAAACAUGGAAUAUUGGAAGUACUGUAUCCAUCUGUCUGUGAAAUGUGAUAUUUUAUCGCCAACAUUUUUCAAGCUUACAGACUUCAACAUCACAAUGCAACCAGACAAACUGUUGGUUUGAUUGAUACACUAACUUUGAUAUUAUGCUGUUGACACUCAUACUAUAUACUAUGGAGAUGCUACAAUGGAUGAUAUAAGGCAUAAAUUUUUGGACAGUAUGUUAAAGGCCAAAGUCACAAAGAGAAAAUAACUCUGUAUAUGACUGUGUAUCAUAAUGAAUUAACCUGUAGAUUUUGUAUAGUUCAGUAAGGGAAAUAAUUACAGAUCAAAGUCACACUGUAUAACACGUUCACACGAGGUUACAGCAGUCGUAGAUGCAGGCGUAAAUUGUCAGAAGUUGCUCCUCGGCUCCAUGGUCAAAUUAUGCAUACAUGUAGCUUUAUUUUGAGACUGAGAAAGUAGGUUGUCUCAAAUUUUAGUCUGAUAGCAAUGUGUCUGAAUCUACUUUCAACAGAAUACAGCUACUCAGUAGAUGAAUUUACAUUUGGGAUUGGUGGUACAACAUAUAUGCUGUUUUUACUCUUAGAAUGAAUAAUUUACAUCAUAUCUCACAACUACUGUAUGAAAAUGAGAGAUUUUUUUGGAUAAGCGUCAAAAAUAUUUAAUUGAAGUAAAUUUUCAUUGCAUUAAUAUUUUGCGUUGUUAUAUUUCAUUGUUGCGGUUUGCUUGACAUAUCACUGUACUGUGUUAAAGGAAUGGUCUGUGUCGCAUGUUGUACUGUACGUGUUAAAUGAAAGAACUGUGUUAAAUUUAUUGCAUUGUGUUAAAUUAUUGUACUAAUGUUAAAUGGAAGGACUCAGUUGCACGGAUAUUAGUUAACUUUAACUAACAAUUAGUUAACUUUAACUAACAGUUAACUUGUCAUUAACUCUUUACAUAUGUAUAAUGAUAACUAGAUGUUAACUGUCAAAUAAACUAAAUAACUUUUGUGUAACUUAGUCCUGUACUGUGUUAAAUGACUGUACUGUAUUAAAUUACGUACUGUGUUAAAUGGUUGUACUGUGUUAAAUGACUGUACUGUGUUAAAUGACUGUACUGUGUUAAAUGGUUGUACUGUGUUAAAUGACUGUAUUGUGUUAAAUGACUGUACUGUGUUAAAUGAUUGUACUGUGUUAAAUGGUUGUACUGUGUUAAAUGAUUGUACUGUGUUAAAUGGUUGUACUGUGUUAAAUGAUUGUACUGUGUUAAAUGACUGUAUUGUGUUCUGUGUUAAAUGGUUGUACUGUGUUAAAUGAUUGUACUGUGUUAAAUGAUUGUACUGUGUUAAAUGACUGUACUGUGUUAAAUGACUGUACUGUGUUAAAUGAUUGCACUGUAUUAAAUGAUUGUACUGUAUUAAAUGAUUGUACUGUGUUAAAUCAUUGUACUGUGUUAAAUGAAUGUACUGUGUUAAAUGAUUGUACUGUGUUAAAUGAUUGUACUUUGUUAAAUGAAUGUAUUGUGUUAAAUGACUGUACUGUGUUAAAUGAUUGUACUGUGUUAAAUGAAUGUACUGUGUUAAAUGAAUGUACUGUGUUAAAUGAUUGUACUGUGUUAAAUGAAUGUACUGUGUUAAAUGAUUGUACUGUGUUAAAUGAUUGUACUGUGUUAAAUGAAUGUACUGUGUUAAAUGGUUGUACUGUGUUAAAUGAUUGUACUGUGUUAAAUGAUUGUACUUUGUUAAAUGAAUGUAUUGUGUUAAAUGACUGUACUGUGUUAAAUGAUUGUACUGUGUUAAAUGAAUGUACUGUGUUAAAUGAAUGUACUGUGUUAAAUGAUUGUACUGUGUUAAAUGAAUGUACUGUGUUAAAUGAUUGUACUGUGUUAAAUGACUGUACUGUAUUAAAUGAAUGUACUGUGUUAAAUGAUUGUACUUUGUUAAAUGACUGUACUGUGUUAAAUGACUGUACUUUGUUAAAUGACUGUACUGUGUUAAAUGGUUGUACUGUGUUAAAUGAUUGUACUGUAUUAAAUGAAUGUACUGUGUUAAAUGAUUGUACUUUGUUAAAUGACUGUACUGUAUUAAAUGACUGUACUGUGUUAAAUGACUGUACUGUGUUAAAUGAAUGUACUGUGUUAAAUGACUACAUUGUGUUGAAUUGACUCAGUAUUAUGUUAAAUGACUACUGCACUGUGUUGAAUUUUAAAAUAAAUAUUGUGUUGAUAGAAAA